GGCUCUGCAUCGCCCUGUGCCUGGGGGGCACCGUGGCCCAGAAUAAUGGCGUACAAGGUACCACUGAGGACUGCAGCAACCAUGUGCUAUGCCCAGCAAACGCCAAGUGUGUGAACAACACCCACUGCACCUGCCUGGAUGGAUACCAGUCACAUGGGAAUCACUCCUUCUUCACCGACACAACGGAGACCUGUGACGAUAUUAACGAGUGUCUUGGGCCGAGCCCGCCAGACGGUGGACGCAACGCAAACUGCAACAACGUGGCUGGGAGUUACUACUGCAGCUGCAUCCAUGGCUACGAGCUCAGCUCUGGGAAAGCCAAGUUCAUGAACGCGAGUGAGAACACCUGCCAGGAGACCUCGCCCAGCCGUUCCUGCGCCCAGCCCCCGGCCGCGUGGGAUAACCCCAGCCAGUGUCCUGGGGCGGGUCUAGACACAAGAAGAAAUCAGCGCCGCAGCGCCUGCAGAACUCACCCUCUGCCCUGGGUCUCUCUGCAGGGAAAGCGGAGCGGCAGAAGCAGCAGUUUUUGCUCUUUCUUCAAUUCGACCUUAGAGAUUUUGAUGUCCACGUGCGGAGAUGGGAGUGCGGCGUUAUCACUGGAGAACGCGACUCGCUCUUUCAACUCCAUCCUGAACAGCACCUCCCUCUGGGAUGGCGGAGACAAGGGGGACGUGGGGUUGUGCGUGACAGUCCUGCUGCAGAGCGUGGAACUGGCCGCACUGGCCACUGCGCUCCGGUCUCCGGAGAGGACAACACAGAACAUAACGACAGAGUCUCUGGCUAUCCAGACGCGGCUCGUCACCGGGAACGGCAGCCGGGACAGUGAGGUCUUCACGCUGAGAGCUCACGAGGAGACGAUGGACGUGCACUGUGAUACAGUCACCGGGGCAGCCACACGAGGUGUGGGGGCUACUGCUUUUAUUUCCUACUCCACCCUGGACUCCAUCAUCCGUGCGAGACGUCCCAGCGAGGGAAAUCGACCGGCUGGUGGGAAGCUGGAGAAGAGUCAUCUCAACUCCAGGGUGGUGAGUGGGGCCGUCGGAGACGGGAGACCCAUUCACCUCUCCAGACCCGCACACUUCACCCUGCGCCACAGACAGGCCAAAAAAGAGGAGGACGAGGCUCUCUGUGUCUACUGGAAAGUAGUGGCCGAGAGCGGCAGCUGGUCUCCGGACGGCUGCACCGCCGUGCACACGAACAGCACUCACACCACCUGCAGCUGUGACCAUCUCUCCAGCUUCGCCGUCCUAAUGGCUCCCACCACAGUGACGGAGAGUUACCCACUGACCAUCAUCACCUAUGUGGGACUGACCCUCUCCCUGCUGUGCCUCUUGCUCGCCAUCCUCACCUUCCUCCUGUGCCGCUCCAUCCGCAACGUCAGCACCUCCCUCCACCUGCAGCUCUGCCUCUGCCUCUUCCUGGCCAACCUGCUCUUCCUCACCACGGUGACACGCACCGGCAGUCAGGUGGCGUGUGCUGUCAUUGCUGGGCUCCUACACUUCCUCUUCCUGGCCUGCUUCAGCUGGAUGUUCCUGGAGGGGCUGCACCUCUUCCUCACCGUCAGGAACCUGAAGGUUGUGAAUUACACCAGCGCCGGCCGGUUCAAGAAGAGAUUCAUGUACCCGUUCGGCUACGGCUUCCCAGCCCUGGUGGUGGCGAUUUCUGCAGCUGUGAAUCCUGACGGCUACGGAACUUCCAAACACUGCUGGCUAAGCCUGGAGAGCGGCUUUCGUUGGAGCUUCCUGGGUCCAGUCUGUGCCAUAAUCCUGAUAAAUAUAACGUUCUUUGCCCUGACCCUGUGGAUCCUGAGAAACAGACUCUCCUCCCUCAAUGCAGAUGUGUCCACCCUCAGAGACCACAGGUUACUGACCUUUAAAGCCAUCACCCAGCUCUUCAUUCUGGGCUGCACAUGGAGCCUUGGUCUGCUACAAGUCGGCCCAGCAGCCAUGGUCAUGGCGUAUUUAUUCACCAUCGUCAACAGCCUGCAGGGAGCCUUCAUCUUCCUGGUGCACUGUCUCCUCAAUCGCCAGGUGAGAGAGGAGUACAGGAGAUGGAGCAAGGGAUUCCGAAUGUUCAGUAUGAAAUCUCAGACAUCCGAUCUAUCCAUGUCUGCUGUCCCCACCACCAGCACCAAGACGGUAAGAGGUUCUCUGCUCUGUUCCAGUACCAGCCUGUGA